CGCAGCUCCUCGUCUCGUUCGCUCUCGUCCCUCUGACGCGGUUUAAUGAGCGCUAAUGAUCUCAUUUAAUGAAUGGCAAACACUAACUGGAUGUGGUUCUCCUCCUCGCCGGGCGGUGAAGAGUGUGUGUGAAUCGCGCUGUUGAUUCAGCAGCUCCUCCACUGCGCUGCGUGUGUGUGCGUGUGCGUGUGUGUGUGUGUGUGAGGCUGGGGGUGUGCGCGCGCGUGUGCAUGUGUGUGUGUGUGUAUGUGAGAGCAUGAUCGAGUGCAUGUGGACGCGUGAGGCAGGAGGAAGGAUGGCUGCUCGUGUGUGAGCCGCACACAGCUGUAUUUACCCAGAGAGACCGCGCGCACACGCCGCUCUGCGUCGCCAGCAUGCCUGCGGAGGUGAACGAGAAGCCGGAUCUGGAGGAACCUUCAGCUCAAGACACCAAAGAGCAGACGGAGGAGACGGCAGAAACCCCGUCCUCAGACGCGUCCAACCCCGCAAGCUCAAACCACACAGAAACACAUACUGAGAGUUCAGGAAUCGGGACGGAGAAAUCGUCCAGUCCUGACAGCGAAUCCAACCCGCUCAGCUCCAGCAGCUCCAAUGAACAGGUCGUGCCCAACCUCCUGAAGGAAGCUUCAUCUGAAGGGUUGGAAGAAUCCCAGACUCUGGAUGUUGAGUGUCUGGAUCGAGCGCCGCCUCCCGAUUCCUCUGGCGAGAAGGACGAUACACACACGGUUCGACCUCCUCACCCUGACCCCAGCGUGACCUCUGACCCUCCCAACGAGAUUCCCACGGAUCAGCCGCCUCUGUACAGCACGCUGAACGCUCAGGCCGUCACGCUCCUGCACGGAUUACCCUUCUUUCCCACCCGGACCUUCUUACCGGAGAACUGCUACACUCUGCCGCUGCACCGCGACGGUUUCACCCGCGGCGCUUCCAGACCGGAGCCGGAUCACAUGAGGCCCGCGCUGGACCUCACCACCCACGCGUAUUUACAGCCCUGUUUCCAGGACCUGUACCGUGCGCAGACGCUCAUCCCGCAGAAGCGCGCCAGCAUGGUGAGCCUCGACACCAUCCGCAAGGAUCCUCGCUGGCGGGAUCCGAACCUCCGGGAGGUCAUCUCCAUGCUGAGCCACCCCAUGGACCCGGUGAAGUCCAACGCCGCGGCGUAUCUGCAGCACCUCUGCUACGAGAACGACACGGUCAAGCAAGACGUCAGGCAGCUGCGAGGAAUCCCCGUCCUGGUGGGGCUCCUGGAUCAUCCCAAAGCCGAGGUCCAUCGCAAGGCCUGCGGCGCGCUGAGGAACAUCUCCUUCGGCCGAGACAACUUUAACAAGGUGGCCAUCAAGAACUCGGACGGCAUUCCUGCACUGCUGAGGCUCCUGAGGAGAUCCAACGACGCGGAAGUCCGAGAGCUCGUCACAGGAACGCUGUGGAAUCUCUCCUCCCAUGAGCCUCUGAAGAUGAUCGUCAUCAACCACGGCCUGCAGACGCUGACCGACGAGAUCAUUAUCCCUCACUCGGGUUUGAGAGGAGACCCGAACGACCCGGCCCGACCCGGAGACCCAGAGUGGAACACGGUCUUCAAGAACACUUCAGGAUGCCUGAGGAACGUGAGUUCAGACGGAGCCGAAGCUCGACAGAGACUGCGCGAGUGUGACGGGCUCGUGGACGCUCUGCUGCACGCGCUCUAUUCAGCUGUCACCAAGAGGGACAUAAAUAACAAAUCGGUGGAGAACUGCGUCUGUAUCUUGCGUAAUCUGUCGUAUCACGUGCACAAAGAGGUCCCUGGAGCUGAGAAAUUCCACAUCCAAGCAGGCAAUCACAGCACGAAAUCAGGGGGUCACCAUAAGAAGAAGGACGAGCCGGACUGUUUUGGAGGACGAACGACCAAAGAAGAAUGGUUCCAUCAGUGCAAGCGUCAUGGAGCCGGAGAGAAGAAGAGCGGCGGUGUGGAUCUUUCCAGGAGUCUGCCGAUGAAAGGCCUGGAGCUUCUGUACCAGCCGGAGGUGGUCCGACUCUACCUGUCGCUCCUAAAACUGAGCCAGAACCACAACACGCUGGAGGCGGCGGCUGGAGCCCUGCAGAACCUGUCAGCCGGACACUGGGCCUGGUCCAAUUAUAUCCGAGCAACGGUGCGUAAGGAGAAGGGUCUGCCAGUGCUGGUGGAGCUGCUGCACUCGGAUGCGGAUAAAGUGGUGCGAGCGAUCGCCAUCGCGCUCAGAAACCUCGCCAUCGACCACAAGAACAAAGAUCUCAUCGGGAGUUACGCCAUGAGGGAUCUGGUCAGUAACCUGCCCUGCGGCCAGCAGCGACCCGCCAAGAACCUGGAGGGAGACACAGUGGUGGCCGUCCUGAACACUAUACUGGAGAUCGUCUCUGAGAACCUGGAGAACGCCAGAUUCCUCAUCCAGGGACAGGGAAUCCAGAAACUGGUCUCAAUCAACAGAACCAGCCAAUCGGUGCGCGAGACCAAAGCUGCGUCACACAUCCUGCAGAUGGUUUGGGCGUAUAAGGAUCUGCGACACAUGCUGUGUAAGGCCGGCUGGAACAAAACACACUUCAAGCCAGCCGUCUCUGGACUGGCCAAAAAACAGAGGAACGCCAAGCAAGGGAACGAUGACAUCACACUGCCCUUAAUGGAGAAGAAUCAAGAUGGGUACUGCACUGUUGAUCAGGCAGAGCGAGCAGCAGACGCUCCGUGUCACAUGAUUGAACGAGAAACUUUUCAGGGUGUGAAUGAUAAGAGGCAUUUCAUCAGGACCAGCAGGCCAGCGGUUGGUUUAGUGGAGCGAACGCCACAGCCGCUGGACUCAUGGGUCUGAUCCGGCUCACGGUUGGAGAUCCACUUUCAGACCUGCAUUUAGACUGACAUUAUCAGCACAAUUCACCACAGAAUCAAACGAGAGAAAUACGACGUGUCAUACCUGCUCAUGUCCACAUCCAUGACCUGUGCUAAAGAGAGCUGGAGGAAUCAUGUCCGAUCCGUCUGAAAGUGGAAUUUGACUCUUUGCUGCUUUGGCAAUCUUCACUGUUAAACUCAAGAAUCAUAAUGAUGUGACGAGUCAUUUAUUGAUUGUUUAACAUCUGAUUAUACGUCAUAUUAUGAUCUUGUGUUGUUUCUAUUGCUUACUUUUUGUUGAUGAGUCUCUAAAUUGUAUAAUAGCGUUCCAAUCACACAGACAAUUUCAGCUCUGUAUCUAAAGUUUUAUGCAUAAAAAAAAAAAUUAAGAAUGUUAAUAGGUUAUUGGGACUGGAAAAGCAGAAACUGUACUUAUUAUAGCCUAUAUCAGAGAAUAUAUCAGAGAUUUUAACGCAUUCAUACGAAAUUUCUUUCAUAUCAUCAGUGAUUUAAUGGCUUGAGAAAUAAACAUCAGAGUUUUAUCUCUUCUUAAUAAAUCUAUUUCGUCAUGCAUCUAACAGAAAAAUAAAUGAAAUAAAAAUUAAAUAAA